AUUUGAGUAGUAACUAAAUGGAUCUGAUACAUAUUGCUGUUGCGGUCGGCAAACUGUAUACAGAAGCUGAAGAGGAGGCUGCCCAACUCAGGAGAACCAUACGCAAGCGAAAAUCCAAGAUAAGGCGAAGGAUGGCGAGGAGAUGUGCCAUAAUAGCAUGUCUCGCUUUCUUUAACAAACAUCCUGUUACUAAAUAUGCUGUGAUGAAGAAUGAUGUCCCCAUCAUUUCGAUAUUUUGUUCUGAGGCCGACAUGAGGCCAGCAUUCAGGCUGUCCAGGAACAGCUUUAACAUGCUGGUCCAGCUUCUGCCCCGGCAAAAACCCCACGGGUGGAGCCACGAGAUGGAGGUGCUGGUGACUGUCUACUGGCUUGCCUGCGGAGCCUCCUACAGGGUCACUGCAGACGUAUUUGCAAUGCCGCUUGCAACAAUUUGCCGGAUGGUUCACAAUGUUGUGGAGGAAAUGAUGACCAUUAUACACCGGAUCAUUCAUUUCCCCAAACCGGAGGAGAUGGAGGAGGUUGGGGCUGGCUUUGCUCAUCUUGCUGGUCAUGAGGCAUUGGAGAUGGCCCAAGACCCUGGCCCUCCUCAUAAUUACACACUGAUAGAAGCUCAAUACUCACUCCCAUCCAGUCUUGCUGGAGUUUCGUUGGCCUGUGAACAGGCUUUCGUUGCCCGCACGCCACUCUAUGAGGGCUUGGGUUUCCUCAGUUGUCCCUUAUUGAAGAUACCACGGUCAUAUUAGUUCAAAUGCACAAUGACACCCAUUAUUACAAGGCAUUUUUUUUAAAUAGGCUGAAUGUUGACAACACAUUUGUUGCUUAAACCGCUAACUUGUAUCCUUAAAAAGUGUUCACAUCACAUUCCGUUAAUUAACAAUAGUGGUAUUUAAUAAAAGACGACUUACA